AUGCGAUCAUUGCUCUCUGUAGCACUUCUCUGUACAAUUGCGCAUCUAGGAGAGCCCUUCCUAGGUUCCGGUAUCAAUGGUAAUGGAGGUAUGAGCCCAGGCGGUAGCGGUAGCGGUUGGACCGUCUGUUGCUGCUGUUGUUGUCCACAAAAUGGUCAAGCACAGCAACAGCAACCACCUCCUAUUCCUACUCUUCCACCUACUACCAUGCCACCACCACCACCUCCUCCAGCUCCAAGUUACACUAAUGGCAUGGCAUCGCAGUCGCAACCUGCCGCUUGUAUAAACAUCAUAGUCUGUUGCCCACCACAAGCAUCGCAACAACAAAGUAUGCCAAUGUACCUGCCGCCGGUCACUAGUACGGCGGCACCAGCGACGAGUGCUCCAACGUUCAACUUCUGCAUUCCUUGCUGCUGUGGCUGCUGA